AUGAGCCUUGAAGAGUUAUAUUCCCUGUACGAGAAAAAUGUGAAUGUCCCGAAUCGAAAGAAAACCCUCAAUGCCAUCUCAGACCACCCGAACGCUAAUCUUCUUGGUGAACUUAUUUUCAAUCGAAUGACGAGAACCGAUUAUGUGUCGGCGAAAAGUCAGCUUCUUCCGAUCGAAGAUAACGAACAUGGCCCGUUCGAUCAUUUGCUCGGGGCACAUCAAUGCGACUGGAUCCUAGAAUUGAUGGCUCGGGAAGAUUAUGUGAUCGACUUGUUGAAAGACGAGUUUCUGGUCAAAUACGAUCGCGAGCCCAGCUCGUUGAGCGACAUCGUCAAGAUUGCUGCCCAGCGAGAAAAGAUCUCCAAAAAUCAGUCUGUUCCAAAAGCAGUCUUCGAAACAAGACAUGACACUUGUCAAAUGGGGAGUACAUGGAUUGUCACUUUUCAUAAGAUCAAUGGUGUGGACGAGCAACAGAGAACCCUCCCAAACGUAUACGUUCACAAGAUUGUUCGAGCACCUGAAAUUCGUCUCGAGAGGCUACGUCUUCCGAUCAAUUACCGCAGAAGAGUCCUUUGCGUUCUCUACGAGCCGUUCCUCAUCGUUUUUGAGAGCGAGAAAAGGAUUGAUUUUUUCAAUCUACUAAAACCGAACGAGCAACCAAAGAGCCUUACUGGAGAAGGCGAAUUUAUGAAGCCAGAAGGAUACUACCAAGCUGACGUGCGUCGUAAUGGGAAGAUUCUUGACGAUGUCAUCUUUCCAAUUGUGCGAAAAAAAGAUGCAAGAACCAUUUGUGUCGACUUUGCCCUCAUCACAAGAUUAUCCGUGGACAUUAUUUUGCAGGAAACGAUCAAAUUACCUGAAAAGGAUGUAGAUUCUUGUGAUCUGCAUUUUUUAGACCGCCACAAUUUUCUACUAACAAUCUGUUUCGUUGACGAUGAAGACCUGGAUAAUUUUCGUGGAUGCGCUGCUUUUCUCAUUAUACCAGCAAAGAAGAAGAUAGUAAGCUACUAUCUCCCCGAGCUUUCAGGAGUUUUCGAUUUUCCUGAAUAUGGAAUGGUCGAUGAGCGUUGUGGAUUGAUUGUUUGGGAUGCCGCAUUCAAUGACGAUGAUGACGAUCAUAGAAUUGCAGCCUAUGGAUUGUUGUCGGAAAAAAUAGGUCUCGAAGUUAUUUGCUUUUUCAAGCUUCCGAUCGACGAGGAAAUUUAUAUGGAAGAGGAUUUGAUUCUGCAAUUCAACCAAGCGGAAGGAAAAUUUAAGACAGUGUCUUUUAAGGCCCUCAUCAAUCACUUGGAGGAGAUGGGUCAAGCGAUGCCUUCUCUUACUAGACCAGUAAAUGGUUGCAUUGUUACAAGACCAAUUGUUGAGAUAGAAAAGCUGCGUUCUGAGGGCUUUGUGAAAGACGUUUGCAAAGUGCCGGAGACAGGAUUGUGUCUCACCUUAUGCAACAUUGGUCGCAUUAUUUGGAAACCAUCCGGCCUGAUGGAGAUCCAAAUUUUCGUCUAA